GGAAAAGAACUAACACGUGUAGAGUAAUAAUAAAGCUGUCUGAUUCCCCUGUCACAGUUGCUGUCACUCUUAGCAACGCUCUAAACCCCAAAACCCGUAGUCAUCAUCCAUCGCCAGCAACGAAUGCCAUUCACAUGACCCUUCUUCAAUGUCUCGCUUAAUUCGAGCUGCUCGGAGAACACUCGUCUCUUAUUCUUCUUCUUCUCCUUCUCAUACGUCCCCUGUUCAUGGAUUCCAAGUCUACAAUCACUUCAGUUCCCAUCUCCAAUGGCGAAAUGCUAUUUCAUCUCUCCUCUUCCAAUCCAGACCCUACGCAACUGACAAGUGUACCAAAUCGCUCUUCGAAGCUAACAUUCUCCGAAUCCUCCAUAACGAGAUCGAGUACCAGACCGAGUAUGCUCCUCCACACCAGCACGCGACGAAAUUCAAUUCAUUUGUGGUUCAAGAUCGACCAGGAGAGCAGUGGAUGACAAUGAGGAGCAUAUUUAAUGAUUCUGAAGACAUUAAACUUGAAGCUACAAUGUUUGAUGGGUAUGAAUCAGUUCCUAAAUUCGGAGAUGAUACCUCAGGGGAAGAUAUGCGCUUUCACAUUAGCUUGCUUGUAGAUAUCUCUAAGAGGAGUGGAGGCGAUGCAUUGGAGUUCGUCUGCUCGGCAUGGCCUGAUUGUUUAGAGAUUCAGAAACUUUACUUGCUUAGUCGUGACAGUAUGCUGUCUAGGCCUUACAUGGGACCUGAUUUUAGGAAUCUGAAUCCUCAGCUUCAGGAGAGACUUCGGGAGUUCUUGGAGGCAAGGGGGGUAAAUGAUGAACUUUCUGUUUUCUUGCAUGAAUAUAUGAAGAAUAAGGACAGGAUUGAACUUAUGCAAUGGUUUGGAAAGGUCAAGUCUUUCAUGGAAAAAUAGAGGCUUUUCUUUUGGCAGUUCCUUUUAUGAGAUUGGUUGUUAAAGUUUGAUUUGAUGAUAUUAGGAAUUAUGCAAUGUAUAGCUACUCCAAAGCGAAUUAUAUGUGCUAAUUGUUGAAUCUUUGAGCAUGUUUCGCUACUUAUUGGUGGGUCUUAGAGUUAAAAAGCUAUGGGAAGUAGUCAAGUAGAAACUUUUAAGGUUAGAUAGUCUCCAUGUUUUUCAAGGGUGUGACUUGGUGCUGGUUCAUUUUGGACAUUGGAUCAUGUAUGUUGGGCUUUACGUAAUAGAUUUGAUAAACUCUCAGAAAACUAUACAGAGAA